GUGUUCUUCCGGUCUACCUAACCUAGCUAACUAGCUUCAGUAGCAUUGGUAGCAACUUGAGAGCCGCAUACAAGCCUUGUCAAAAUUAGUUGCAGCACAACACUGUCCUGGCGUUUCUUUUGGUCAACGAGGCGUUUGAAGGGCUGUGCGCACACUCUUCUCUAAAAGCGAAGUACUGGACUGUAAAACUGGGGUGUCCCAUCUCCUUUGAGUAAGCCCUGCUAGCAUCCACCCACUGGUCUCUAGAGGGGGCCCCAUCUGAGCAAGGGUCCCAACUGUAGCUCCAGGUCUCCUCUGUCUGUGUUAGUUCGGGCUUGUGUUGAGUCCUCUGGAGACUCUCAGCUUGUCCAGCUAAGAUGUCCUCCAUCCUGCCAUUCACCCCUCCCGUGGUGAAGAGGCUGCUGGGCUGGAAGAAGUCAUCCAGUGGCCAGGGCGGAGCGGGUGGUGGUGAGCAGAAUAGCCAAGAGGAGAAAUGGUGCGAGAAGGCUGUGAAGAGCUUAGUGAAGAAGUUAAAGAGGACGGGCCAGCUAGAUGAGCUGGAGAAAGCUAUCACAACACAGAACUGCAACACCAAGUGUGUCACCAUCCCCAGCAAUUGCUCUGAAAUAUGGGGACUGAGUACACCAAAUACGAUAGAAACGUGGGAUACAUCAGGCCUAUACAGCUACCCUGACCAAACCAGAUCCCUGGAUGGCCGCUUGCAGGUCUCCCACAGGAAGGGGCUUCCCCAUGUUAUCUAUUGCCGCUUGUGGCGAUGGCCGGACCUUCACAGCCACCAUGAGAUGCGUGCCAUCGAGGCCUGUGAGUAUGCCUUCCACCUCAAGAAGGACGAGGUCUGCAUCAACCCCUACCACUACCAGAGGGUGGAGACCCCAGUGCUGCCUCCUGUUCUUGUGCCAAGACACUCAGAAAUUUUGCCAGAGCUGCCACCUCUGGAUGACUACACUCAUUCCAUACCCGAGAACACAAACUUUCCAGCAGGUAUUGAACCUCCGAACAACUAUAUACCAGAGACGCCACCACCUGGCUAUAUCAGUGAGGAUGGAGAGGCCAGUGAUCAACAGAUGAAUCAAAGUAUGGACACAGGUUCUCCUGCCGAGUUGUCCCCCGGCACGCUGUCUCCUGUCAAUCACAGCAUGGACUUGCAGCCGGUGACUUACUCGGAGCCGGCCUUCUGGUGCUCUAUAGCAUACUACGAGCUGAACCAGCGUGUUGGCGAGACGUUCCAUGCAUCUCAGCCCUCGCUGACUGUGGACGGAUUCACAGAUCCAUCGAACUCUGAGCGUUUCUGCCUGGGGCUGCUGUCUAAUGUCAACAGGAACGCCACUGUGGAGAUGACCCGGAGACACAUAGGAAGAGGAGUUCGACUCUACUACAUUGGAGGGGAGGUAUUUGCUGAGUGCUUGAGUGAUAGCGCCAUCUUUGUCCAGAGUCCAAACUGCAAUCAGCGGUAUGGCUGGCAUCCAGCAACAGUGUGUAAAAUUCCUCCAGGCUGUAAUCUAAAAAUCUUCAACAACCAGGAAUUUGCAGCCCUGCUGGCUCAGUCAGUCAACCAGGGCUUUGAGGCUGUUUACCAGCUCACCAGGAUGUGCACCAUCCGCAUGAGCUUUGUUAAAGGCUGGGGAGCCGAGUACAGGCGGCAAACUGUCACUAGCACUCCAUGCUGGAUAGAGCUGCAUUUGAACGGCCCCCUGCAGUGGCUGGACAAGGUUCUAACCCAGAUGGGUUCCCCAUCUGCACGUUGCUCCAGUAUGUCCUAAACAGCUAAGGAAACACCCAAAAAAACUCAGCCCAUUACAAAGAUCAUUAAAUUUUAAACUUGUGAGUCCUCUCAUGAAAAAAAUGGAAUCCCAACAUAAAGUAUUUUCUGUAACAUACUUCAUAGUAUUUGUGGCCCAGUUCCACAUCCCUCAAUAAACUUUACACACACACACAGAGAAGAACAAAUGCACCCACACUGUCACAAACACACAACACACACUUUUCAGUAAAAAAAAAAACAUUGGCACUUUGUUACCCAUCUAUGUCAUGCACCUUGUUAAAUUGCUUUUCCCCAAAUCCUUAAUAUUAGAUCUAUUUGUGGUACAAAUGAAAUGUAUAUUGGUUUUUAGUCCAGGAAGUAUGGGAAAUACCAAAAAUAUAUGUGAAUAGUUUCUCAGUAUUGAAGAUUGCUUGUAUGAGUAACAGGAGCUUGAAUGCUAAAAUGAUUUUCGUUCCAGCCCCCCCCCCCAAACCAUUGUUCUGAACCUAAGUUUACUUUUCUCCGGCAAAUUUGGCCCCAUCUUUUGUGAAGGGGAGGAGGCUUGGUGAAGAAACGAUGGCCUUGCUGGUCGUUCUCCUAUGAAGGAAAACGCCACAAUGUGUUUUGUGAAAUUUGGAUUGAAUUGAUGUUGCCACAAUGGCCCUUUCUUGUAACUCCCGACGUGUGUCUUUAUAAGACAUACCUCUUAAUGGACAAAUAGGAAUGUUAGUUAAAAAAACAAACCCCUAAACAAACUGCAAACUCAGUCUGGCUGUAGUUUAUUUCCUUGUAAUUAAGAGGGACUCUAUGCGUCCUUUUACUUAGUUGACGUAAAUCCUCAUUCUAAAGCCUGCUAUGGAAGCUUAAGAGAUGUUGGCCAGGCUUUGCAGGGAGCACUGGGCAGGGACCAGAGAAUAUUAGCUGUUAUGUAAAAGGUUUUUCUUUUUCUUUUUGACACAACACUGGGAGUCCUGGAGGUCUCCAAGGUGAAACAUUAAACGUCUCACCAGGAGAGAAAUUGAAGGUAUCAAUAAAUUCAUUCUGUUUUUAGCCUAUA